AUGGGCGUGGCAACGCGACGAGCAUCAGAGCAUCAGGAAGAGCUGAAAUCUGCAAAGACUGAGUUUAUUAAAGAGGACAGUGAGAACAUGAGUGAUCCAGAACCCUGCAGAAUGAAACACACUGAAGAUACUGAAGAACAAAGAGAUAUGAUUAAAGAGGAGGAGGAGAGUGAGGAACUGAGUGAAACAUUUUUAAAGAAAAGAAGAGCCAAGAAAUCUACAACCUGCACUCAGUGUGGGAAGAGUUUAUCAUCCAAACAUCUUGAGCGUCACAUGAGAGUUCAUACUGGAGAGAAGCUGUUCACAUGUGAUCAGUGUGGAAAGAGAUUCACAAACAAUCAAAAUCUUAAGGAACACAUGAGAGUUCACACUGGAGAGAAGCCGUUCAAGUGUGAUCAGUGUGGGAAAGAUUUCACAAACAAUUAUAGUCUUGAGAUUCACAUGAGGAUCCACACUGGAGAGAAGCCAUUCACAUGUGAUCAGUGUGGGAAAACAAUGUGUACCUCAUCAGACCUAAAGAAACACCUGAGAGUUCACACGAAGGAGAAGCCAUAUUUGUGUUCUGUGUGUGGAAAGAGUUUUUCACAGCUGCCAAAUUUAUAUACACAUCAGAAAAUACAUACUGGUGUGAGAGAGUACAUGUGCUUUGAGUGUGAGAAGACUUUUACUACAGAGAAGGGUUUAAAACGGCACCAAAUUAUUCACACUGGAGAAAAACAUUACAAGUGUUCAUAUUGUGAAAAGAGAUUCAACCGGUCAACAAAUCUGAAAACACAUGAGAGGAUCCACACUGGAGAAAAACAUUAUAAGUGUUCACAGUGCGACAAGAGAUUCAGUCUGUCAGCAUCUCUGAAAAGACAUGAGAGGAUCCACACUGGAGAAAAACCUUAUAUGUGUUCACACUGUGACAAGAGAUUCAACCGGUCAACAAAUCUGAAAACACAUGAGAGGAUCCACACUGGAGAAAAACAUUACAAGUGUUCACACUGUGACAAGAGAUUCAACCGGUCAGAAUAUCUGAAAACACACGAGAGGAUCCACAGCAGAGAGAAGCUGCACACUUAA